UGCCACCUUGCACCAGGCUGACUAUACAACAGUAGAAACAUCAGUAACCAAAGCUGCUGCUACCACCAAUCAAGAAAGGAAGCACGCAGGAGAAACCAUGCGUGAGUGCAUCGCUGUUCACAUUGGCCAAGCCGGAGUUCAAGUUGGCAAUGCGUGUUGGGAACUCUUCUGUCUGGAGCAUGGCAUUCAACCAAAUGGCACCUUCAUCGACCAACCCAGCGAUGAUGAGUCUUUUGCCACAUUCUUUAGAGAGACAAGCUCUAGAAAAUACGUGCCCCGGGCUAUUAUGGUGGACUUGGAGCAAACUGUAAUAGAUGAAGUGCGGACUGGCACCUACCGGCAGCUUUUCCAUCCAGAACAACUGAUCACUGGAAAGGAAGAUGCAGCAAAUAAUUAUGCACGUGGCCACUACUCUGUUGGCAAAGACAAAAUUGACAUAGCAUUAGAUCAUAUCCGCAAGCUGGCUGAUGCCUGUUCUGGGCUGCAAGGAUUCCUGAUCUUCCACAGCUUUGGUGGGGGUACCGGCUCUGGCUUUACCUCCUUACUGAUGGAACGCCUCUCCAUGGAUUACGGAAAAAAGUCCAAACUGGAGUUUGUCAUCUACCCAGCUCCUCAGGUCUCCACCUCUGUGGUGGAGCCCUACAAUUCCAUCCUGACUACACAUACCACCCUGGAGCAUUCGGACUGCGCCUUCAUGGUGGAUAAUGAAGCCAUCUAUGAUAUCUGCCGACGAAAUCUGGACAUCGAGCGCCCCACUUACACUAACCUGAACCGCCUCAUUAGCCAGAUUGUCUCCUCCAUCACUGCCUCGCUGCGCUUCGACGGUGCCCUCAAUGUGGAUCUGACGGAGUUCCAGACAAACCUGGUGCCCUACCCACGCAUCCACUUCCCCUUAGUGACCUACGCCCCCAUCAUCUCCUCUGACAGAGCAUAUCACGAGCAGCUCUCGGUGGCUGAAAUCACCAGCUCCUGCUUUGAGCCCAACAACCAGAUGGUGAAAUGUGACCCAAGACAUGGGAAGUACAUGGCCUGCUGCAUGCUCUACCGUGGCGACAUAGUUCCCAAAGACGUCAACGUAGCAAUUGCUGCCAUCAAGACCAAGAGAACUAUCCAAUUUGUUGACUGGUGUCCAACAGGCUUCAAGGUUGGGAUCAACUAUCAGCCUCCUACAGUUACACCAGGAGGAGACCUAGCACAGGUUGAGCGAGCAGUCUGCAUGCUGAGCAACACGACAGCCAUUGCAGAUGCCUGGGCAAGGCUUGACCACAAAUUUGAUCUGAUGUUCGCCAAGAGAGCUUUUGUGCACUGGUAUAUUAGUGAAGGCAUGGAGGAAGGAGAAUUCUCAGAGGCCCGAGAAGACCUGUCUGCCCUGGAGAAGGACUAUGAAGAAGUGGGAAAUGACUCAUUGGGAGAAUAA